UGACCACCCCCUUGGGAGGCACCGAGCUCCGUCGGCUCGUUUCCGGCGGUCGCGCGCUCUUUUCUCGGGACGGUGGAGGCCGUGCAGCGUCGCCCUUAGUCUGAGCAAAGAACUGUGGGCAGAGGCAGUCGGGGUUAGGACUGGGAGGCAGACACUUGGCUGUGUUCAAAUCGAAGUCAAGGGUGCAAAAAUGCAGAGCAAUAAAACCUUUAACUUGGAGAAGCAGAAUCAUACUCCAAGGAAGCACCAUCAGCAUCACCACCAGCAGCACCAUCAGCAACAGCAGCAGCAGCAGCAGCAGCAGCAGCAGCAGCAGCAGCAGCCACCCCCACCAAUACCUGCAAAUGGACAGCAGGCCAGCAGCCAGAAUGAAGGCUUGACUAUUGACCUGAAGAAUUUUAGGAAACCAGGAGAGAAGACCUUUACCCAACGUAGCCGUCUCUUUGUGGGCAAUCUUCCCCCUGACAUCACUGAGGAGGAAAUGAGGAAACUUUUUGAGAAAUAUGGGAAAGCAGGCGAAGUUUUCAUUCAUAAGGAUAAAGGCUUUGGCUUUAUUCGCUUGGAAACACGAACCCUAGCGGAAAUUGCCAAAGUGGAGCUGGACAACAUGCCACUCCGUGGAAAGCAGCUGCGAGUGCGCUUUGCUUGUCACAGUGCAUCCCUUACGGUUCGCAACCUUCCUCAGUACGUGUCCAACGAACUGCUGGAAGAAGCCUUUUCUGUGUUUGGCCAGGUGGAGAGGGCUGUAGUCAUUGUGGAUGACCGAGGAAGGCCCUCGGGGAAAGGCAUUGUUGAGUUCUCAGGGAAGCCAGCUGCUCGGAAAGCUCUGGACAGAUGCAGUGAAGGCUCCUUCUUGCUAACCACAUUUCCUCGGCCUGUGACUGUGGAGCCUAUGGACCAGUUAGAUGAUGAAGAGGGACUUCCGGAGAAGUUGGUUAUAAAAAACCAGCAAUUUCACAAGGAGAGAGAACAGCCACCCAGAUUUGCACAGCCUGGGUCCUUUGAGUAUGAGUAUGCCAUGCGCUGGAAGGCUCUCAUUGAGAUGGAGAAGCAACAGCAGGAUCAAGUGGAUCGAAACAUCAAGGAGGCUCGUGAGAAGCUGGAGAUGGAGAUGGAGGCAGCACGCCACGAGCACCAGGUUAUGCUAAUGAGGCAGGAUUUGAUGAGACGUCAAGAAGAGCUUCGAAGAAUGGAGGAACUGCAUAACCAAGAGGUUCAGAAACGAAAGCAGUUGGAACUCAGGCAGGAAGAGGAACGCAGGCGCCGUGAGGAAGAGAUGCGGCGACAGCAAGAAGAAAUGAUGCGACGGCAGCAGGAAGGAUUCAAGGGAACCUUCCCUGAUGCGGUAUAUCUCCCAUGUGCCUAUGAUGUGGUAGGCCAGUCAUCAUAUAAGAAAGACUAUGAAAUGUCUGUAAGGGUACUAGGUUAUGAUCAAUUAUUCUAUGUUACAGAAUUCCUUUUAGGAAAAAAAAUUGUUGAUAGGAGGUGAGGUAAGAUUUGGGGGAGAGCUUUUGCUAUAUAUAGCAAAUUUAGGAUGAAAAUCUGGUUACUUAUAUCCAGUGAUAAUAAGAGAAAUUUGAGUCCUAUAGCAGACUUUGGCUCAUCCACUGCUACCCUUGUAAUUAGAUGAUUUGCAGCUUUAAGAAGUUAACUAUUUCUUCCCCCGUUGCCUCUUUUGUUUCUAAUAGAAAAUUAUGUUACCUACAAUCACUGUCCAGAUAGCAAGCAGGCAUUAAUAUGUCAUCACUGCUUACUUCCCUUUGUGUUGUCAUCAGUGCAUUGUAACAGCAACUGUUGUCUUGGACUAUGUUAAGUAUAUAUUGUUUUUCAGAGAGAGCAAGAGAUACGGAUGGGCCAAAUGGCUAUGGGAGGUGCCAUGGGCAUAAACAAUAGAGGCGCCAUGCCCCCUGCUCCUGUGCCACCUGGUACUCCAGCUCCUCCAGGACCUGCCACUAUGAUGCCAGAUGGAACCCUUGGAUUGACUCCACCAACAACUGAACGUUUUGGCCAAGCUGCUACAAUGGAAGGAAUUGGAGCAAUUGGUGGAACUCCUCCUGCAUUCAACCGUCCAGCUCCUGGAGCUGAAUUUGCUCCAAAUAAACGCCGCCGAUAUUAGAUAAAGUUGCAUUGUCUAGUUUCCUGCAGCCCUUAAAAGAAGGGCCCUUUUUGGACUAGCCAGAAUUCUACCCUGGAAAAGUGUUAGGGGUUCUUCCCAAUAGAUAGGUCUUCCCUGCUUGUUCUAUUCUAGGGAGUAUGCUUGAAGGCACAGGGGCAAGGGAGGGGUGGUAUUUAACAAAUCAGUCUGUGGUAUAGUGCGUUAAAGUCUGUCUGGUGCAUUCCUGAAGUAUGUUGAUUGUUGGGGGCCU